GCCUUUGCAAUUGAGAUUUUGCUGAACGAGGGACCUCGGACUCAGUCCUCGCCAUGUCUGAUGGCGCGGCCGUUGCUUGUCAGAGUACUCCGGGGUUUCGCGUUUUGCCAAUGGGCCUACUUCCGUAAUUGCAUGUGUUGAUUCGAUGUUCCUCGAAUAUAAAAGUUCACAGUGAGACACAUUUUCUCCAAACGGUUGGAAUCGUACUGGACAAAACUGUGCGUAAAUCCAAAUUGUGUGGAUUAUCGUCAUUGUUCUCAUCGAAACGAGGAAUACCACAACGGCCUGAUGCAUUCUAGGGGCAGAGUGCAGAACAUAAUGGCAGGCGCCGUGGAGGGCAGAGUGACUUGUCAUGAAUGAGCCCGUAGAGAGCGGUGUGGUCUCCUUUGAUGAGUAUGUGCGCCAGAAGGCCCGCAGCGUGCCCCAGCACCGCAUGAAGGAGUUCCUGGAGUCUCUGGCCAACAAAGGCCCAGAGGCACUACCAGAGUUUUCCCAGCAAGGCAGCGCCGCUGCCUCCACCACCACCACCACCAUGGUGUACCAGCAGGGGGGAAACUGUGUCUACACGGACAGCACUGAGGUGGCCGGCUCGCUUCUGGAGCUGGCCUGUCCGGUGCAGGUGACCUCUGCACAGAUCUCACCCCAGGUUUCUUCUGGGGUUCACCAGGGGUCCGAGCAGCCGAUACAAGUACAGGUGCAGAUCCAGGGACAACAGGGCCAGACGGUGGACCUCCAGGGGAUCCCCACGGGAGCACAGCUGGUACAACAGGGAGAGCUGACAGCGGAGCAGCACCAACAAAUCCAGGCCCAGUUGGUGGCAGCUGUGUCUGGUGGUCAACAAAUUAGACUGCAAAGUGGUCAACAAAUCCAGCACAUUCAACUACAAGGGGGUCAGCAAAUUCAACUACAAGGGGGUCAGCAAAUUCAACUACAAGGGGGUCAGCAAAUUCAACUACAAGGGGGACAGCAAAUUCAACUACAAGGGGGACAGCAAAUUCAACUACAAGGGGGUCAGCAAAUUCAGCUGCAAGGGGGUCAGCACAUCCAGCUUCAAGGGGACCUGCAGGGGGGUCAACACAUCCAACUUCAAGGGGGUCAACACAUCCAGCUUCAGGGGGGUCAACAAAUCCAACUUCAAGGGGGAGGUCAGCAAAUCCAGCACAUUCAGCUGCCAGGCGGCCAACAGAUCCAGCUCCAGGGGGGAGGUCAGCAAAUCCAGCACAUUCAGCUGCCAGGCGGCCAACAGAUCCAGCUCCAGGGGGGCCAGCAGAUCCAGAUCCAGACAGUGGAAGCCAUGUCUCCUCAGCAGCAGCAGAGCUCUCCCCGGGAAUCUGAGAGGAGGGCCGGCGCCGGGGUCCUCCAACCCGCCAAGAAGCGCAAGGUUGACGUCCCGAUCCACGUGUCGUACGCCCUCCCUCAGGGCCAGCAGGGCCAGCAGGUAGUCCUGGCUCUUCCGCAGGGGGAGGGGCAGCAGCAGCAGUACCUGUCCCUGCGUCCAGACCUGCUGACUGUGGACAGCACCCACCUCUACAGCGCCACGGGCACCAUUACUGGCCCUGCCGGGGAAACCUGGACCAUCCCGGUGUACUCGGGAGGGCAGCAGGGGGGCGUGCAUCACAUCGCCAUCCCCCAGGAGGCCUACAGCACGGUGCAGGUGUCCUCUGGUCACCAUGACAACAAGGACAAUAGGGUGGCCCACUCGUCGUCGUCAGGGACCGGGUCCGUCCAGUCGGGCACCACGGUGUCCGUCUCCGGGACGUCAGGGAACGAGGAGGUGGUGCAGACACUGUUCCCAGCGCAGUUCAUGAACGGAAACAUCCACGGCCCAGUGGUUGUGCAGACUGUGGGCGGGGCUUACAACACCACACAGCAGCUACACAUCUGGGACCCACAGCAGCAGGAGCAGCAGGAGCACCAGCUCCAACUACAGGAUCACGUAGAGUCAGAGUCCCAGGAAGCACCCCAGGAGCUUCUGCUGCCCAUCUCCUUGAAGCCUGAGGAGGGUCUGGAUGUGUGGCGCCUCUGGGUCCAGCGCAAGAAUGCAGAACUGGACAAGGAUGAGCAGAACAAGUUGGCUCCCAUCGGACGUCGGCAGGCUCUGCGGUUCCAGGAGGACCUGGUGUCCAGUGCAGUGGCUGAGCUGAAUGUGGCCCUGGCCCUCAUGACUCAGGAGGCCAGAGGGUUGGAAGGAGAGAAGUUUGAGCCUGAUGCUCUCUACUACAUCUUCCUGUGUAUACAGAAGUACCUAUUUGAAAACGGGCGGGUGGAUGAUAUCUUCUCGGACCAGUACUACACACGCUUCUCCCAGUGGUUGCACAAAGCCCUGGAUGAGUGGAGGCCCAGCAUCCAUCCAAUGGGUUACAUCAUUCCCAGUCAUGUUACAGAGGAGAUGCUCUGGGAGUGCAAACAGCUGGGUGCGCACUCCCCCUCCACACUGCUCACCACAUUGAUGUUCUUCAACACUAAGUAUUUCCACCUGACGACCGUGGAGCAGCACAUGAAGGUGGCCUUCUCCAAAGUGCUGAGGCACACGAAAAAGAACCCAUCCAACCCCAAAGACAAGAGCACCAGUAUACGCUACCUGAAGGCCUAUGGCCCCCUGGGGGCCCACCACGCCGGUCAGAAAGUGACUGACGACAUGUAUGAAGAGCAAGCCGAGGACCCAGAGAAUCCUCUGCGGUGCCCCAUUAAACUGUACGACUUUUACCUCUUCAAAUGUCCUCAGAGCGCCAAGGGGCGCAACGACGCGUACUACCUGACGCCGGAGCCCGUUGUGGCGCCCAACAGCCCCAUAUGGUACUCCACUCAGCCAAUCACGAGCGAGCAGGUGGAGCACAUGCUCACGCGCAUCAUUAUGGUCCGAGAGAUCCAGGAGGCCAUCGCCAUGUCGUCAGCCAACAUGCACUGAGCGGGGUGGGAGGAGCUGUAAUGGAACUGGACCGCAGCCCUCCUCUCUCCAGCCUUCCUGUUUGCAUCACACUCAGUGACUAACUCUGAGGACCUCCCGGGCCCUUGGUCUGAACCAUCACUCUUCACAACCACGGAAGUGGGGGGGGGGGGGCUGGGAGGGUUGGGGAGACAGUGUUUACAGAGUGGACUUACCGGCCUUUUUCUAAGUACGGACUCUUGUGAUCGUUCGUCUAAUGGCAGUACCUCAAUACCCAGUCCUGAACAGCUUCAUCUAUUUUCCAGGUGGGUUGGAUGUAACUAACGCCCACUCGUCACUUCACCCACUGGUUUCUGGACAGGACUAGUGGAAUGGGUUUUGACCACGUUGUUAAUUCAGAGCCAGGACUCUUGUAAGCUAUUGUAGCCUUCCAGUGAAACUGGUCAAACAUGGAUGGUGAGAUAUCACGAGUGGAACUAAUUCAGUCUUAUAUACAAAUAUUUACACAUAUAUGGAUAUUUUACCCCCCUUGUCAUCCAUCAGUCAGGGUCCCUCCAGCCCCUCGAUUCUCCCAGCCACAUCCCAUCUCUUCUAAGUUUUUCGUUUUUCUUUUGGGAGGGGGGGGGGUGUAUUUUUUUCUUUUAUAUUGGCAUUUAAGAUCUCAUGUAUGUAUUAAUAUUCUACUGGUGUUGGAGGGCUAAAGAAGAAAGCCUGUGUUUUCAAACAUG